AAGAGGAAGAAGCGGAAGAAGAAAGGGAAGAGAGAGAUAUUCAGCAAAAAAAGGAAGAGAGAGAUAAUCAUCUGAAGUUCAGUCCAUCUCAAUGGCGACGACCAUAUCCAAUUCCCUUCACUGCCCUAAGCUGCACCUCCCCCACAAGAAUUACACUCCUAGUCCUCGUGGCUUACUCUCUCCUUCCUUCGUCAGAUUUUGUAGGACGGUGCCUCGAAGAAGUGUAGUAACCUGCUUUGCAGCAUCUGCAGCAGGAAGUUCCAAUUCAGGUGGCGACCUUAAUCCGUAUGAGGUAUUGGGAGUUAGCCCUAUUGAAGGAUUCGACGUGAUUAAGGCGGCAUAUACAAAAAAACGUAAGGAUGCUGAGAGGAGAGGGGAUGAAGCAACUGCUUCCCGACUGGAGAAGGCGUAUGACAAGGUGAUGAUGGCACAAUUGAGCAACAGGAAAAAGGGCGUCACAUUUGGUUCCUUCAAGGUUUCAAAAGAUAUCAAAUUUGCUGACAAGCAGCCAAUUGUGCCCUGGGGACCAAGGUUCUCCAAGUCCUCCGACCAAGAUACUCGCAUCAACAUGGCAAUAUCUGCUGUAUUUACAGCUUGGGUCCUGAUCAAGCAAAACGCUGAGUACAAGCCACUGCAAUUCUUGUCAUUUGUUUUUGUUUAUCGGAUUUUUGAGAAGUUGAAAGCAUUUGAACCACCUGUAUCUCCCACAUUUACAGAAGAUGGUGAGGAUCCAGGUCGGGGAGUGCGAAUGGGAAAAAGACUGCUUCGUUCUCUUGCUUUAGUUUUCGGUUGCAUUGCCUUUACUUCUCUGGCUUACACUGGUCUACUGAACUUGAUCGAGUUUGUAGGUGGUUAUAUCCCGGCUUUCCUUUACAAUAACCAGGAACCAUUGGUGACCGUCACCAGCGCUCUCUUCCUCUACAUAAUGGCAUCAUACUAUCGGUGACAGCUGUUAAUGGCAUGGAUCCUUUGGGAGGAGCGCUUCACUCACGGUCGACUCGGGCCAUCAAAUUUUGUCGAACUUUAGUGGUUUUACUCCUUCAUAGUCAUCACGGGACACCAGUACUCGAUCUCUUAUAUCAUCAUUAGAUAGUGUUUUGUUGAGGCUGAGGAGCGUAGAAAUUUCAAUCUCAUCUCUUGAUGUGCUCGAAGAAGCAAUUACUUGCUGGGCCUAAUCCCCUCGAAACAUGGGCUGGGAAUGUCAGAAUUGUCAAUGGCCCCACUAAUUCAAUUUGCAUGGCUCACUAAUCCGGUCCGAA